AUUUUCUCGUGACGGAUGACGUCACAUUCGCCAUGUUUAUUGAAAGAAAAGAGGUGUAAUGUUUUUAUUUUGAAACAACAGUGUUUAGUGAUAAGAAAAAAACAUGAUCUCUUAAAUAUUGCAUGUUAUAUUUCUCUAUAUUGUUUUUGUAAUAGCUGACUGUCACUGAGAGACAAUGGCAGCCGGGAGAAACUUUGAUUUCAAAGUGGUGUUGUUGGGGGAAGGUUGUGUGGGCAAGACUUCCUUGGUGUUGAGAUACGUGGAAAACAAGUUCAACGAUAAACAUUUAACAACAUUACAGGCCUCCUAUUUAACAAAGAAGUUAAACAUUGCUGGCAAACGAGUUAACUUGUCUAUAUGGGACACUGCGGGUCAAGAGCGGUUCCAUGCCCUUGGCCCGAUCUACUACAGGGAUAGCAAUGGUGCAAUACUUGUGUACGAUAUCACUGAUGAGGACUCCUUCCAAAAGGUGAAGAACUGGGUAAAGGAGCUACGCAAGAUGCUAGGUAACGAGAUCUGCCUGUGUAUCGCUGGCAACAAGAUCGACCUGGAGAAGGAUCGUCAUGUCACCGUCGCUGAGGCUGAGGCAUAUGCUGCUUCAGUAGGAGCAAGACACUUUCACACAUCAGCAAAAAUGAACAAAGGUAUAGAAGAGAUGUUCCUAGAUGUGGCAAAAAAUAUGAUAGAGAAGGCAGGCAGUGACACAGUCACCCGACCCGGCAAGAAUAACCGUCGUAGUGUGGUUGUCGUUGACGACAGUCACACAUCACAACAGUCAGGGGGCGGUGGAUGUUGUUCCUCAUCAUCUUAGCCAAUUAGGAUCAUUCAUAUCAUAGUGUCUGGCUGUUACAGCGACUGUAUGUCCCUGUUGUGAAUGUGAAGCUGAUAAGACUCUUGACAGAAGGCUGCUAUUUCAUCCAGUGUUCGGAAACAGCAGUUUAUUACUGGGAAAGUGCAGUUUGAUGAACUUUAUCGUGGAAAGAACUACUGGUAUACAUACCAGAUUUAAUUGUUGAACACUGAACAUGUGAGUUAGGUUUUUAUGUGUUAGCCUGAAAUCUUUAUAUUUAAUAUAAUUGUUAUAUUAUAAUAACACUUGUAAUUGCAUAGGACAAGCGAUGACUAUAGUUGGGGUGGGUGCAAGACCUAGCUAUGGACCGACUAAUUGAUCAGACUUGUUAGUAACAAGCUUUGAUAAUUGUUUACAAUCAUGUUGAUAUUAAAAUAAGUGGUACAUAACUGUUUCCUCUGGUUUUGACAGUGAUAAUACUCUAAAUUCUAGUCUUACAUCUCGCAGAAAUGGUUCCUUCAAAACUAGAAAUAUAUUACCAUAUAGUCUUGAUGGCAUUUAAAAGUAACAUCUUUCUUUGACAUGUAAAUAAAUUUUAGCAUGGAUACCAAUUUUUCAAACUGCUCUACUGGAUACGUAUAGAAAAACACUUUCAGGGGAUUGUUUGAAUACAUGCAAAUUUGGCAGUGUUGUAAGCUUAAGAGAAUAUUUGUUUAAUUUUGGUGUAAGUCACAGAGUGAUCGCAGAAAGCUAUAUUUUCAUAAGUAGUGCAACCAUGAGUGACAGUACAAUUUACUGUGGUCAUGUGUGAAAUCAAUAUUUACGGUAAUCAUAUGAAAGUCAACAAAUUGUCUGUUUCUUUUAAGGUAAAUUUAAAACAAAAAGUCAAAUUAACUGGCAUUAAAAUUUGGGUGAAAAACCCAAAAUUGUGACAACAUCUCAAGUGUUUUCUACCUGGCAUACAAUAUCAGUAUGCUACUUUUAUCAAGCAACACUGGAACCAAAUUAUGACAUUGACAAUGUGUAACUGCAGUGAAAAUAAUAGCAUUGAAUAUGACAUGAUAUUUCACUGAAAGGCAUAAAUAAUACCCAUGAAUUUCGACUACGGUAUUUGUAGAUGAAUUAUGUUGUGUAUUUCAACUGGCUGUAUCAAUAAUACAACAGAUGGCUGUAUUAUUGUAGACAUUUUAAUGUGAAAUGUUUAUUUAUUCUUCUUUAUUCAUGAUUUAUUUUAAUCAGAUGUAUCAGCAUGUAUGGCAGGCUUGUUGUGAAUGUUUGCAAUGCAAAUCAAUAUACCUCAUAAUCAUGAAUGUACAGGAUACUUGGUCCAACACGAUACAGAGAAACAAACAGAAGUGUUUAUUUUAGAAUAUCGUCAAUAUACUUAAUUUACAUAAUAAGUUUAUAGUCAAUGUACAUCAUUUACAACCUAUAAAUUAAUAACAAUACAAUCUAAUAUCAAAUUAGAUUAAUAUAUAAACAUUAAUGUUUUGUCAGAAUUGUACGGUACUUGUUGUUGUUGUUUAUCUACUGGACCAUAUCCUGUAUUUUUCUCCAUUCUUGUUAUGUAUAUACUCGUGAGUUACGUUUGAUUAUUCCCAGGGCCAUACAUCAAUGUAAUUGUGUAAUCUGUGCGUGACCAAAUACUGUAAAGUGCUUUAUUUAUUGAAAGUUUGUUUACAUGUAGAACUGUGUGGAGAUGACUUUGGCAACUUAUAUCACUGCAAUUAUUAUUUAUAUUGGAAAAUGAACAAGGAUUAACAUGACCCUUUCUGUUUCGACACGAGCUUUUUUGUUAAUUUUCGUAAACAAGCUUUUUUGUUCAUUUCCUUAGCUUCUCUAUUAUAGUAUAGAUUUUUUAUUUGCAUACAAGGCCUGUAAUUAUUUUUUUGAAUAAACUGUUAUCAUAUUAGUUAAUUGCAGAGCAUUGUUGCGAUAGUAUUUGUGUUCGUCAUGUGUACAUGUAUUUCUAAAUGUGCUUAACAUUAAUUUGCGUGUUUUUAUUCUGAACUAUGCGUGUUAUGUCUUAAAUCCUUUAUUAUUUUGUCCAAUGUGUUUGCUUUUGUUAGAUGUAAAUAAUUAUUGAAAAAUAUUAAAGUAUAAAUUUGUA